AGAAGUAGCUCCCUUUUUAUUGUCCGAAAGCAUUUUAUAAAAGAUACAAGGGCAUCUAUCGCACAAAAUCAACGAUAGCAUAAAGUUUAUAACAUAUUGGCCGAUCCAUCUCCCGAGAACAGGACAUUUGUCAUUUGCUCCACAAACAAGGACGAAAAAAUGAGCUCAGAAACCACAGAGGACUUGUCUCAACACCCGCCCAUUGCGGCGGACAAGUUGGUCUUGUACGUCAAGAAAGCUAGCCCGACAUCGACAGCGAAUUCAGUAAAACCGCUUAUGCUUCUAGAAGCACUUUCGAUUCCUCAUGACAUCCAUAUCAUCAACUCUACGAGCAACGAAACAUGGUUUCAUGCUGUGAAUCCAUACAAAAUGGUCCCUGCCAUCGAGGACGUCGAAGUGUACCAGAGUAGCGCAGGCCAUGAGCAACGACUGAAUGUCUUUGAUAGUUCGGCAUGUUUGACGUACUUGGUAGACAAAUACGACAAGGACGGGCUGUAUGGAGGCAAAGAUCUCAUUGAACGGACGAUCGUCAUGAAUUGGCUCAUGUCAUACACGGCUGGUCUUGGCGCUACUGGGAAAUGGUGGCUCCUCAUGAAACCCCGUGCGGAGACGGUUGGCGAGGCCAUUCAGGUCUUGGUCAGGUCGAUCAAGUCCGAGUACAGCUUUCUCGAAAAGCGCCUGAACGAGCCCGGCCAGAAAUAUGUUGCCUUGCCGGACAGGCCCACAAUUACUGACUUUGCCAUCUUCCCAUUGGCAAAUGAACAAGUCGCUGCCACGGCAGAGAUCGAUUUCUCAGAAUGGCCAAAACUGAAGGAAUGGAGCGAGAACAUGAGCAAAUUCCCACCCGUCGCAAGAGCUCUUCAUCGCAUCUGCCGAUUUGGACUGUCAGAGGAGGAGCUGACUGCUCAAGGAUUGUAAACAUUUUUUGUUAUUUCUAAUAAAGUUUGUAAAUAGUGCUUAUGUUUAAAAAUAUUUCAAAUGAAGAGCGAUUUGCACGAUUGGUAGAAUAGAUACACAUAAGAGGUUUUUAUAACAGUAUUUGGGCCGACUUGCCCGGAAGCAACUAUUCGAUCAAUGAAAGUACACGCACAGGGC